CACCGGCUGCUCCUCCUCCCCUCUGGCCGCUGCAGGGCACCGCAGGGCGGGGAACGAUCGGUGGAAGAGGACGGGGCGACAGCUGCUGUGAGCGAAAACAAUCCCCUCUGCUGUCCUCGCUGAUCCCUGACAUCGCUGAGAGGAUCUCUGCUCCAGUCUGAGCCGCAGGAAAGCAGCAUGAACCGCAGCAGAGGAGGACAAGCAGGAGGAGGAGAAGGAGGAGGAGGCUUCCUCACCAUGUUUUUCUCCCUCUGUUUAAUUUGGACCCAGCUGCUCAUCCCAGAGUAUUUGGCCGGAGGCUCCUUCCCUACUCCUCAGCCGGGUCGCCUCGCUCCAUCUCUGUACCCCCAUAGAGAGCAGAACGAGCUGCCAGAGUCCCGCUCCCACCUCCAUCGCCACCAUCAGCGCCACCAGCACCACCACCGUCACCCCGAGCGGCCCGCGUCUCGACGUCAGCAGGAGCUGGGCGCCCGGCGAAGCCUGGACCUGCUGGAACAGCUGCAUCAGGAUGUGGAACCGGAUCACUUUGGCUGGCGGGUUGUACCCGGUGAAUACGUGAUCACCAUGUACCUGGCUGUCGGUGUGAGGAGGCUGAACAUCAGUCACCUUCUGUGGUUUCGGGACGGUGUGGCGGCGGCGCUCGGUGUUUCUCCCCAACACGUUCACAUCAACAAGCUGAAUGCAAGAAAUGGCAUCGAGCUCUUCGUGUCCUCUGAGAGGCGGGACAUCUUCGAGCUCCGCCCUGCUAAGGAGGUCGUCCAAUCACUGAACCGCAGCGUUCUGCACCACCAUCUGGCCGACUUCGGCAUCAUAGAGGUCAAACCAGAGUGCUGCAGAAACAUCCCAGACUCCUCGCCUUCAUCUCCAAAGAAGAACGUCCUGCAGGACGAGCAGAGGGAUCACGUAUGGAGCAGAGACGGCCUCUACAACGUUAUCCUACUCUUCACCUUCUUCCUCAUCAUCAUCACCUGCUUGAUGGUUUUGUAUCGAAUGAAGCAGAAGGUUCCGGUCACUGAGAAGCACCUUAAAGCUCCGCCCCCAGACCACCACGUGAGCCUGAGGAUCCCCCCUGAGCCCGCCAAGAGGUCAAAGGGCACCAAGGCUGCGACGUCAGAAAGCAUGGUCCAAUCUGAGCUCCCGCCAGCUGUAGCCACGCCCACUCACCAGCAGCAGCCAGUGGUCGCCUGCCGCCGCCUCGCUCCUCCUGUCACCCCUCUGCCGAGCCCCGCCCCCGUGCCUCUAAUUAACGCUGACAGCCACUCCCACCCAAGCAGCGCUCCCCCGGUGACGCCCGCUAACGAGCUAAAGCCCUGCCCCUCCCCCUUCAGGAUGAAACCUGCUGCAGGCCUGCAAGAAAGACGGGGCUCUAACGUGUCUCUGGUGCUGGACAUGUCAGCCCUCGGCUCGGUGGAGCCCCUCAAUGUCGCUGUGGUGACCCCCAGAGAGGCAGCCGCCAGAGAGUACCUGCUGUCAGCCGGACGGCCGCUGACAAGGCAGCAGCUCCGAGACGUCGUCAGCAACACGCACAAGCUGCACGUAGAGUUCGCUGAAAUACCGAUGAAUUUUAUUGAUCCCAAGGAGCUGGAUAUUCCAAACCACGGCACUAAGAACAGAUACAAGACCAUCCUGCCCAAUCCUCAUUCCAGAGUUAUCUUGAAGUCAAAGAUCUGUAAUGACCCGCUGGGCUCCUACAUCAAUGCUAACUACAUACGGGGUUACCUAGGCGACAGCAGGGCCUUCAUCGCCACUCAGGGUCCCAUGGUGAACACGGUGAAUGACUUCUGGCAGAUGGCGUGGCAGGAGGAGUCGCCCGUCAUCGUCAUGAUCACCAAACUGAAGGAGAAGAACGAGAAGUGUGUCCUGUACUGGCCGGAGAAGCGGGGCAUCUACGGGAAGGUGGAGGUGCUGGUGAACGGCGUCAGAGAGUGUGAACACUACACGACCCGCAGCCUGUCUCUGAAGUGUGGGAAUCAAACCCGCGUUCUGCAGCAUUACUGGUACACGUCGUGGCCCGACCACAAAACCCCGGACUCGGCGCUGCCGCUGCUGCAGCUCAUGGGCGACGUGGAGGCCGACAGACGUGCCGCCGACUCCGUGGGACCAGUUAUAGUCCACUGCAGUGCUGGGAUUGGCCGGACGGGAUGCUUCAUCGCCACGACGAUAGGCUGCCGGCAGCUGCAGGUGGAGGGGGUGGUGGACGUGCUGAGCAUCACCUGCCAGCUCCGAGCGGACAGAGGAGGUAUGAUUCAAACAGGGGAGCAGUACGAGUUCGUCCAUCACGCUCUGAGUCUGUAUGAGGCCCAGCUGUCAGCAGAAACUGGCCAGUGAGCCCCCCCCGCCCCGCCGUGGGACCCCGAGUGUUUACAGAAACAUCUGAUGAGCGUUGGUUCUCUCUCUGGGUGAGACUCCUGGACGUUAGUGGAUGACAAACUGUGGAAGCUGUGUGCAGAGAAAAAGGAGAAGGUAAAUUUCAGCUUCUGGGAUGUACCCGUUCUUCUUCUUCUUCUUCACCGGAUGUUUAGUUGCCGAUUAGUGACACUCCAUGGACGUCUGUCACCCGGCGGACCUUGGGAAGGUUGACAUUGUUUUCUAACCCUGUGUGACACGUGUCUCUGUGUCCCAUAGGAUUUUCAAUUCUUUUGUAACGUGUGACGUUCUUAUCAGCAAUCUUGGAAAACGACUGUUAACUGAUUGCACCUUUAGCUUUAGCUGCUCUAGAAGUAUUUAAUGGUCCGCCGUGUGUGUGACCCCGACCAGCAGCAUUUCACUGGAAUCUCAUCCCUUAGAUUUUCCUAAUAUAAGUCUGGAAAACGUCACGUUUAACAAGUGGUUUAUUUUAAGAAGUGAUUUCAAUGUUCCAAAUAUGAAGCUUCAUUUAAAGUCAAACAUUUUGGCUGCUCUACGUUAAUAACUCUGUUUUUAUUUUCCUAUGCGUUUUCUUUUUUUUAUUUUUUAAAUACAAUAUGGAAGUAAAAUGAUAAUCAAGAAUUUGACGGAUCGGAAAAUGUCCAAUCAGGUCCAGGGUUUUAUGAUAAACUGCCAGACAAUCCAAAUGUCCUGCUUGAAACCAUUUAAAGAUACCUUUCAGUUUAAAGUUCUCCUCUUAAUAUGAUGGUUUAAAACUUAAAAAUGCAACAAAAAUGCCUAAAAAGUCUCAGUUUAAGCACUGAAUUUAUUCUUUAAUCACAUUUUCUUUUUAAAAAAACUGACAAAAAAAUAGUUUGGCACCUAAUGGAGAAUAAACUGCACACAUGUAAAGGUUUGAGAAACAAUGUCAGAUCAGAGUGUAGCACCAUUUCUGUCUUUUGAACAAAAAAAUUAAUUAAACCACUAAAAUAGGAGCCAGGCCUCGACUUCCAGCGAGUAUCAGGCGCGUCGCAGUCAACUGAUGGUCAGUGUUGGGAGAAUGGCCAACCAAGCUAGCCGAUCGCGAAGGAGGGUAAAUCUGCAGACUAAGAGGAGAGUUAAAAGUUACGACAUUGGUCAGUUUGUUCCAUCUGUACUCGUUUUUGUGUGUAAAUUUUUCUUUUUGCAUUUUUUUAUGGCCUUGGUGAUUUUGUAUUAUAAAAGGAAAGUCAUCAUCAUCAACUUUAUUUGUAGAGAGCUUUAAAACAGUUGAACAUAGCUAAAAAUGAUAAAACACAAUAAAAUACAACAUAAAGAUAUAUUACUGUAUAUGGCAAUAACAAUGUGUUUAAGCUAAAUAAACAUCAUAACGACUAAGUCCUGCCUACGGAAGCCCAGAGCGGUCUUGUCACUCGGAUACUUUUUCACGGUGGAUUUUUCUGAGAAAACGAGCUGAUUUUCUUAUUAUCUAAAGAUAAUAAAGCUCUUUUCUCGUGAUAACGAGAUGAUUGGUUUGUGUUAAAAGUGCUUACAUCCUGCAAUACCACGACAAAGAGAAAGUAAUAAUUAGUAUAAGUCAUGGCAGCCUAUGUGUAAUUCCGUAAAUAACCCUGUGUUUAACUUUUAGGUAACAAGACAAGGUUGUUGGUUUUAUGAGUCAUAAGCAAUUAGACCUAUGCCUUCAGCGCCUUUGCGUCAGGUGUUUUCUGAACAACCGACACUCCUUACAGAUGAAAGGAGUGAAAAGGUUUUAGAUGGACAGUUGUAGCGUACUUAAAUGGCGUUCUCUCCAACCCAUCCUCUGAGUCUGCUGCUCAUUAUUCUGACUGUCAGGCACUGAUCCUUAGAAGUUUCAUCUUUUCCAUUUAUCUCCAUCAGUGGUUUACAUGUAGACCAAAUGAUAAAACUAGAUAAUUUCUCCUGGGUGCUAAACUCUUUUUCUGUCAGUGAGUCUAUAAUCCAGUUUAUCUGCUGGUUCUCAGCUCCUGAAUGGGGCUUUAUUUAGCCAUACAAUAGAUCUUUAAAGCUUCGGCUUCACUGCUAACUGUAGUAAAGAAAAGCAAUUAGAGUUCAUUUUAGCUUUAGUUGCUCUUGUCAUGUGCUUUAAUAUUGCUGUAGAUGAAGGCCUGUUCUGGUGCAAUAUUCUCUGAAGACUGAUUUACUGCAAAGUAAUAUCUGCAUAGUAUUUACUGUUUGACUCUGCAGUUAAUGCAGCACUCAUGUGACGGACCAAUCUGAGAGCUGGAGCUGAUAAUAAAGGGAAGGAGAUACAGGAAAUGAAACGUCUGAUCCCAUUGGCUUAGCUAAAGCUAACAGCCAAUCAGAACAGACUGGACUUCCUGUAGUUUCUGUUUUUUUUAAUAGAUACUCUUAAAAACUAAAGAGUUUUAGAAAGAAUCAGAAUAUAAAGCAGAAUCUAUAGUUUAUCAAAUAUUUAAAAAAUAUAAGAACAAUAAAUUAUUGAAUAAUAACCGCCUAAGUUUAUUUUUUCAGCUGAUUUAUAGUAAAAUCACAAACUUUUAUCCUCAAAUAGUCUCAAAGUUUAUUCUAAGGGAACAGCAGAAUGAUUAUAUUAUAUCUUUUACCCAGUAAUGUCAAAAAACAAACCAAAAAAUUUAACUUAAAGAACAAUUGUAAACAUUUAUACUUUAAUCAACUGAUAAUGAUGUAAUUCUUUAAAAUGUUACUCAAAUAAGCUAAAGCCCAGUUCUGUCAAUUUAAACCAAAAUAAGAAACUUAAUCAAAUAUAUAAUGUUUGUGCCUCUUUGGCCAGAUGCUGGCAGCGUUGUUAACAUAAAAAAUACUGUAAGGGAAAAGUGAUAUAGGCAAAAUAUGUUCAGAGAUUAGAAAGGACAGAUUUUUUACACCCAUUAUGUUUCUUUGAAGCAGUGACGAUAAUCCCGCCGCUGUUUACCAAAAAUGUGAUUGAAUUUAACGAUGGUGCGGACUGUCAUCAUCGUGCUUUUAAUGUGAUACAUUAUUUUACUUCAUCAACGUAAAAAGUUUAUUUUUCUACAGUUUGCUUCUUUUUACUUUUAAUUACAUUUUUUUUUUCAAUGAUUAUUAAGGUUAUUUAGAACCGAAUGGAGUUAGAAGAGCCCUACAGAUUAUGACCAGGAGCAGGAAUUUAAAUCAAGAAGACAAUCCACCAAAGUAUCCCAGAAUAUAAGCAUAUAAGCCCGUUCUGUCAAUGUGAGGAGGGAAAUAAAAAACUCAUGAAAACAAAAAGAAUCGAAUAAAAAAAUGUUUUUUCAAUGUUUUUUUUAGACAUAAUUCAAUCUGUCAAAAACACUGAAAGAAUUGUAUUGAAUUGUGCGUUUUAGAGCAGAAUGUGAUAUAAAACUAAAGUAGUUGUUUUCUGUACGAGUUUCUGUGUCCAGUUUAGAUCUUAGAUUUGUAAUGUAAUGCCAGUAAUGAAGAACAUGAGCUACUUGCGUCUGAUGGGCUUUCUGUGUGGACGGGACCACCGUGUACAGUACAUGUACAUAUAAGUGCUAUUAAACUUGUGUGUGGAGUUGAACUUCAAUCCAUAGACCACAAACACAAGGAUCUUGCUGCUAAAACUGGGAUUAUUGGGACCGAAAUUGGACUUCAAAGGCGAAAAUGUUUUAAAGACUUUUUCUAUGUACAGAUAUAUUUUUAUUUACUUCUUCCAUUGUUGUACUUUCAUGGGAGUUAAGACUUUGGACGUAUUCAUUAUACAAAAUCCAACCUGCCUCCUGGGACCGCCAUCACUCACUUUUGUCACUUGGAGCUCAUUUGCGAAUUGGAUGGGAAGUCGGAUUGUGGCGUAAUCGGUGACUGAAGUGAAAGUGAGUUCCUCUCAGCGCCCCCUGCAGGAGCCGGUACAACAACACACACUGCCUCUGACGUAGUAUUGUGUCUGUUUAGAUGUGGUACAUGUUAUGUACUUUGUUAAGGUUGUUGACCAAGAUUUAAAGGGACCCUAAAUGGCUUUCGAUGGAAGGUAGUAUCGGUGAUGUGAUCAAUUAGAUACAGCCUCUGAAGGACUGAAAAACUUAAAAAUAUAUAUAUUACUACCUGUUAAAUUCAUGCGAGAAAUUGGGCAGAGUUUUCAGUUUAUCAAUUUUCCUCUUUUAUUUGAUACAUAUUUAACAUUAGAAAGGAAAAAAGGAAGUCUUUGAUCCAAACCUGAGCUUACAGGCAGGUUUGGACAUGUUUUAAAAUCCAUUUUACUGACCAGUCUCAGUCCACAGCUUAGUGCUGAAAGAAAUGAAAAUCAAACGAAUAUCAGUUUUUACAUUAUGGUUAAAAAUUAACAAACAUUCUACCAGUAAAAUUAGUCUUCAACCUGCUUGUUUUCCUCUUUAUAUGCUGAUGACGUUAACCAAAAUCUGAAACCUUAGGGCAUUGUUUGGCCUUAGCAACACUUAAUCCUAAACUGUUCAGUGGAAAAGCUGCUUUCGUCUUAAGCUACAAAAAGAAACGUUUAGCUUCUCCAUAUACAAAUACCGGUAGGUUAUUUUCAGAAAAAAAAAAAUAUCCUAGUUAUUAAUCGGAUGCUUAAUUAUGGAGACUUUUAAAGAUUUGUGGGAAUAAAUUCUUCAUCCAGCCGCCUCUGGUUGUCAGCAAAUUAGCCCCUUAUGCUAACCACAUCCUGAAAUUUAGUUAAUUGAAUUUAAUGUUCAUUUAAUGAAUCUGAAUGGCUAGAGCCACUUGCUUUGUUUAAAACCUCACCUCAUGCCCAGCUCAGUAACCUUUUUCUUACAUGGGUCAAGGUUGCAUGACGGGCAAGUGGAUUUCAACCCUCCUGGACUACUUUAGGCUCUUCAGAAGUCUUAAUUAUUUUAUCUCUUAAAUGAAUCCCUUAAUAAUUCAUAUAACAUGCAGUUUUUGAUACAUGGGUGUUAGAUCAUAUUAGAUAAGUUUGCUCUUCAAGGCACUGCCUUUUCAUAACCUCUUCUAUCCCUGCAUUUAGCCGUUCUGUGCUUAAGUUCUAGCUAAAGUGAUUUUACGCUGUGAUUAAACUAAAAUGCCCAUAAUGCAAAGAAGCAAACUUAUCGGACACACAGCGGCUUAAUAUCUGGAAAUACAAGACUAAUCGGAGGACAUUUACUGUUUGGGAUUUAGCCAUAAAAAUUGUAGCUGAAACGGUCUGUAAAGGUGUUUUAACUGUUAAAUAUGUAAAAGAGAUUAAGCAAUUCUUCUAAAAUUGCAACAAAAGAACUGUAACUGAUUUGCUA